AUGGGAAGAGCACCGUGCUGCGACAAGACCGCGGUGAAAAAAGGGCCAUGGUCGCCGGAGGAAGACGCCGUUCUUAAGUCUUAUAUCGAAAAGCACGGCACCGGCAACAAUUGGAUUUCCCUUCCUCAGAGAAUUGGUAUUAAGAGGUGCGGGAAGAGUUGUCGUUUGAGAUGGCUUAAUUACUUGAGGCCUAACUUGAAGCAUGGAGGCUUCACCGAUGAAGAAGAUUACAUCAUCUGCAGCCUUUACAUUACCAUUGGCAGCAGGUGGUCUAUUAUUGCUUCACAAUUACCGGGAAGAACAGACAACGAUAUAAAAAACUAUUGGAACACGAGGCUGAAGAAGAAGCUAUUGAGCAAGCAAGGAAAAGCAUUUCAUCAACAACUCAAUGUCAAACUCGAGCAUGGAACAACAUUAUCAUCACGUCAAGACCAGAUCCCAAUAUGUCAUGACGAGAACACUAAAGCGAACCAAACAUUAUAUGAUCAGGUACUGGUGGAUCCAUCAACAACAUCCUUUACCAUGGAAGAACAAAGCAUGAUCAAGAAUCCGAUAUUGGAAUCAUUCUCUUGGGAACCAAACACGGUUUUGUUUGAUAUUGACCAUCAUGAUGCAGCUCCUUCAUCUUACCAUCAUGAUUCAUCCCCAUCACUGAACUCCAUGAGUAGUAGUAGUAGUAGCACCGGUAUUAAUUCCUCUUUGCAGAUGUCAAACUACUCCACCAAUCAAAGUGAGCAACAAGAUAUGUUCUUUAUGACCGGGUUUGAGAAUCUCCAAGCCGAACUAUUCAACGAGAUAGCCAACAACGACGAAACAAGAGCAAUUGGGCUACAUGGAAACGAGAUGCUGUACAACAACGUGUUGGAUCAUGAUAUUAGCUCCUUCAUUGAUAACUAUCCUCUAUACGAUAAUGAGUAGAUGAUUUUGAUUAGUUAGAUCUUUAUUAGAUACAAAUAUGAUGUCAACGAACUUAGGUUGGAUCAAGUUCUUUUUUUUUUGUGCGUGUGUGUUAUUAUCUCUAAAAUAUUGAAGGCGUAAAAGAACCAAAA